AGUAUUAUACGCAUGCUCAGUCAAACAACCGGGCGGGAUCGCCAUUUUGAUCAUUUCCUCCAAAUUUCGUACCCGAAAAGAAGGUCAAAAUGACGGAUUCCAAGUACUUCACCACCACGAAGAAGGGCGAGAUCUUCGAGCUGAAGAAUGAACUCAACUCGGACAAGAAGGAGAAGAAGAAGGAGGCUGUGAAGAAGGUGAUCGCGUCCAUGACAGUGGGGAAAGACGUCAGCGCGCUGUUUCCGGACGUGGUCAACUGUAUGCAGACGGAUAACCUUGAACUGAAGAAGCUGGUGUAUCUGUACCUGAUGAACUACGCCAAGAGUCAGCCUGACAUGGCCAUCAUGGCCGUCAACACGUUUGUGAAGGAUUGCGAGGACACCAACCCACUCAUCCGCGCCCUGGCCGUGCGGACCAUGGGCUGUAUCCGUGUGGACAAGAUCACCGAGUACCUGUGUGAACCACUCAGGAAAUGUCUGAAGGAUGAGGAUCCCUAUGUGCGUAAGACAGCGGCAGUGUGUGUGGCUAAGCUUCACGACAUCAACGCCCAACUUGUGGAGGACCAGGGUUUCUUGGACCAGCUCCGUGAACUCCUGUCUGACUCCAACCCUAUGGUUGUGGCCAAUGCGGUGGCUGCGCUCUCUGAGAUCAGUGACACUUCUCCCAGCCCUGCCGCCCAGAUGGAGAUGAAUCAGCAGACCAUCAAUAAGCUGCUAGCUGCCCUGAACGAGUGCACUGAAUGGGGACAGAUUUUCAUUCUUGAUGCCCUGUCCAACUAUGUUCCCAAGGAUGAUCGGGAGGCCCAGAGCAUCUGUGAACGUGUCACUCCCCGUCUGGCACAUUCCAAUGCAGGUGUGGUCCUGUCAGCAGUGAAGGUCCUGAUGAAGGGGAUGGAGUAUGUGGGGAUGGAGAGUGAGUUUGUCACUACACUACAGAAGAAGCUGGCUCCUCCACUCGUCACUCUCUUGUCUUCCGAACCAGAGGUCCAGUAUGUGGCCUUGAGGAACAUCAACCUCAUUGUUCAGAAAAGACCUGACAUCCUGAAGCACGAGAUGAAGGUGUUCUUUGUGAAGUACAACGACCCCAUCUACGUCAAACUGGAGAAACUGGACAUCAUGAUCCGCCUGGCCACUCAGGAGAACAUCGCACAGGUUCUUGCUGAGCUGAAGGAGUAUGCCACAGAAGUGGACGUGGACUUCGUGCGGAAGUCAGUGCGGGCUAUCGGGCGCUGCGCCAUCAAGGUGGAGCAAGCAGCAGAGAGAUGUGUAUCAACACUGCUGGACCUCAUCCAGACUAAGGUGAACUAUGUGGUCCAGGAGGCCAUUGUCGUCAUUAAGGAUAUCUUCCGCAAAUAUCCCAACAAGUACGAGAGCAUCAUCUCCACACUGUGUGAGAACCUGGAAAGUCUAGAUGAGCCUGAUGCACGUGCAUCCAUGAUCUGGAUUGUGGGUGAAUAUGCUGAGCGGAUUGACAAUGCAGAUGAGUUACUGGAGAGCUUCCUGGAGGGAUUCCAUGAUGAAAGCACCCAGGUACAGCUGCAGCUGCUGACAGCCAUAGUGAAGCUGUUCCUGAAGAAGCCCACGGAGACCCAGGAGCUGGUACAGCAGGUGCUGAGCCUGGCCACCCAGGACAGCGACAACCCCGACCUGCGCGACCGCGGCUACAUCUACUGGCGCCUGCUGUCCACCGACCCUGCCGCCGCCAAGGAGGUCGUUCUUGCCGAGAAGCCGCUCAUUUCAUCAGAGACAGACCGGCUGGAACCAACACUGCUGGAUGAACUCAUCUGUUACAUCGCCAGUUUGGCAUCAGUCUACCACAAGCCUCCGAGUGCGUUUGUGGAAGGACAGGCCCUCGUGGUUCGUAAGACCCAGCUGCCCGUACGGUCAGCGUCCGGAGAGCCCGGCGCCACCGGCGCGACCGAGAGUCCCGUACCACAGCAGGUACAGCCAGCACAGCAGCAACAGUCUGUCAUCCCCAGUCAUGACACAGCCAUGGGAGAUCUGCUGGGUGACCUGUUAUCUAUGGACCUGAACCCUCCACAACAACAGAUGUCCAUGACACCAGCACCCCAGCAGGACAUGGGAGGAAUGGACCUUCUUGGCGGAGGUUUGGACAGCUUGUUGGGCGGCCCCAGUCCCGUGGCAGGAAUGCCCGCGUCACAGGCCUCCAUGGGUGGGGGCUUGGGCGACAUUCUUGGUCUUGGAAUUUCCAGUACAACUUACGUGCCACCAAAACAAGUAUGGCUGCCGGCCUCCAAGGCUAAAGGACUGGAAGUAUCAGGAACAUUCUCCAUCAGACAGAACGUGCGCUACAUGGACCUGACUUUGAAGAACAACGCCAUGGCACCUAUGGGCGACUUUGCCAUCCAAUUCAACAAAAACAGUUUCGGCCUGUCCCCAGCCUCUGCCCUCCAAGUCCCGUCCCCCCUGAGUCCAGGCCAGACUGCUGACGUGACCCUCCCCCUGGGUACAAAUGGACCGGUCCAGAAGAUGGACCCCCUCAUGAACCUCCAGGUGGCCAUGAAGAACAACAUCGACGUGUUCUACUUCUCCUGUCUCAUCCCUAUACACCUGCUCUUCACAGAGGACGGACAAAUGGGAUCAGCAUCAGAUCGAAAAGUGUUCCUGGCCACGUGGAAAGACAUUCCGGACUCCAAUGAAGUGCAGAAGGAGGUUGCCAACCCUAACCAGCUGGAUCCUAAGGGCCUGUCAGACAAGCUUCAGCAGAGUUUCAUCUUCACCAUCGCACAGAGAAACGUGGAUGGCAGAGACAUGCUGUACCAGUCUCUCAAGCUGACCAACGGGAUCUGGGUUCUGGCAGAACUGAAAAUCCAGCCGAGAAGUCCAACUAUGACCCUGUCUCUGAAGACACGAGCCUUGGACGUCAUUCCUCAUGUGCAACAGGCUUACGAACUCAUCAUAGCAAAUAUGUGAAACUAAACAUGAAGUCCCAGAGCUGGGCAAAACAUUAUGAGCUGUCUUCAUUAGAUUGAAAUGUUAGUCAUAUGUGUAAUUAGUCAUGCAUUUAGAGGGGUCAAAAUUUACUAUCCCUUUCAAAAUGGCACUAUGGUUGGGCACAUCCACUUUUAGUACUUGAGGGGGGGGGUCUGGACUGACUUUAUUUUGGGAUGUUUCACAAAUUCUUUCUCAUGUUCAGGAUUGUCCUACUUGAUGAUGACGUUAUACAACUUAUUAAUAUUCAUCAAAGCCACCUUUCUUUGAUUUUAGAACAAAAAUAAAGCACACCCCAUGCUUUUCCAAAUAAACUAGUCCACAGAGAGCAAACAUAUAUAACCUUGAUGUAUGAGACAGAUUGUAAAAAAAAUGUGGAUACUGUAACGUGAUUGGUCAUAGGAAAACAGAAAUAGAAUGUUGAUUGUCUCGAAUCAGAUACGAACAACUGUAGUGUCAGAUGUGUGCAAAGUGCACAUUAUGUACUCGCUGUGGAAUCAGUAUAUUAAAGAGCAAUUCUACAUCAAAGUAACUGUUUUUGCCUUUAAAUAAUUAAUUUCAUUUGAUAUAGCUAUCAUGAUAACUUUACCUGAAAUAAAUCAUCAGUAUUGAAAACA